AUUUUAUCUGCCAUCACUGCAUCAGGAGGUCAAAGUUCAGACCCAGCAGUUUCCCCUUUGACGCCUGAAGGCUGUUCAAAGCAAUGAAGGCUGCAGCAAGCUAGGGAGUUUGAAAGUGACACAGCUCGGUUCAAGCGAGGAGGCAAGAACACUGAACAGUGGGCGCACUGGAUAGAGGGAAAUCACUUCGGUGUACUUACAUAGCAAACCACAAGGACGGUGGACGUGGCGUAGAUUGACCCACCUUAGAACGUCAGCAUCAUAAAGCAUAACGCACUUAAAAAAUUAGGAACACACUAUGCACGAAGUGCGCUGUAAAUGAGCUUGCUAAUCCUUCUCGGUGUAACUUAAUUCCUUUAUGGAUGCUGCAAAAGGAACGAAUUCUAGGAAUCAGCAGGCGCAGAGAGCAUGCAGGACUCAGGUUGAUGUUCACAACUCAGCUUGCCAAGCUGACCUGUGGUUUGAAUGAUCCCAGAAUUUGAAUCAGGUUCUUUGAGCAAUACAUCCUCACUGCCCUUUUCCUACUUUCACCGCUAGAGUCCCGCGUUGUUAAACCCCUGUUCCGCCUGGUGUUUCGUCUUCAGUCGAUGAUCCAUUUGGCCGUUGUACUCCCACUCCUUUGUGCUUCUAGCUUUUCCCAAGCGAGAACUUUCGAAGCUGAAAGCUUUUGCCCAGGUAAAAAUGAAAGCGCCCUUAAUCACAUUCGAGUAUCAGGAGUUGCUGGAUCAGACAUUAGAUCUGUCUGAGAAGGUCCGAGCUGCAUUUGGCCCCGAAGGACUCGGCAUCUGCAGCGUCUCUGGUGUCCCAGGGUUUCCUGAGAGGCGACAGACACUCCUUCCGCUUGCUCAGAGACUCGCGGAAUUGCCAGAGAAGACCAAGGCUAAGCUUGAGGAUUCUGAGAGCAGAUGGUCUUUUGGGUGGAGCCAUGGCAAGGAGGUUCUGGAGAAUGGGCGGCCAGACACCCUGAAAGGGUCCUUCUAUGCAAACCCGCUGUGCGACCGUCCCACAGACGACCCUGAGCUCAUUAAAAGGUACCCCUCCUACUGUCGCCCCAACCUGUGGCCGACACGAGACCUCCCCGAACUAGAGGAGGCGUUCAAAAGCUUGGGCCGGCUGAUUGUCGAGGUCGGCCUCCUGCUUGCCGAAAAGUGCGACCAGUAUGUGCGGAAAAGGACUCCGCACGCGGGCGCCGCCAGGCUGACACGUGUUAUCCGCGAGUCCCGAACGACGAAAGCGCGGCUGUUGCACUACUUUCCUCCGUCGGACGCUCCACCACCGGACGCGGCAGCGGACGACUCCUCCUGGUGCGGCUGGCAUACGGAUCACGGCUCUCUCACAGGAUUGACGUCAGCAAUGUAUUUUCGAGAAGGGCAGGAGGUCCCGUGCCCCGAUGCGUCGGCCGGGCUGUACAUACGGAACAGGCAGGGGGCCUUAGUCAAGGCCGUCAUCCCUCCAUCGAACAUCGGGUUUCAAAUGGGCGAGGCCACGCAAAUACACUCGGGCGGCCUGCUACGGGCGACCCCGCACUGCGUCCGCGGGAUCUCCGGGCCGUCCGCCUCUGGCGUGUCGCGCGCCACGCUGGCGGUUUUCAUGCAGCCGCAGUGGGACGAGUUGAUGGACAUUCCUCCCGCCGUCGCUCCGGAGACGGUCGAGGUCGGGGCUUGGACGCCGCGCCUCGACUUUGGAGCUUUUACGGAGCGGACCGUUUCCAGAAACUAUUGUGUAAGUGAUGCGGUGGAGCAAUGACCGGCCCACGCGUGGUCAACGGUGUAGCAGGAGAAAUGCACAUUGUGAGCACGUGCGACGAAAAAGGUGCGCUCCUCAGGCUGCCCGGAAAGAUGCACGAUCGGCUUUCCUAGUCAGAUUGCAACGCCACUACUGUGUUCGUGGCAAAUCAGUGACGGCUCUCAUCUGCACUCCGGUAGAUGAAAGCUCCGCGACCAGAAGACACAGCUAAGCUGCCGAGUGACUGGCUCGAUCAUGAUUGGUGAUUCUAUGAAAAGGCCGACCCUUACUAAUUGUUGGCGGACAAUCAGCCAUGACGCUAGUAAUUUAUACUCCAUUG